AUGGCCCCAAAAUUUUCCCAAGCCCAGAGAAACCCAGAAAGAGACUGCCAAAGUGGCCAUCCACGAAAUCCUCCAACAGAUUUCCUACAUCCAGGAGUGAAAUUUUUUCCAAGAGCUGUAGCCAUCAGCUGUCCAAGUUCUUUCCUGCCCAAAUCUUUCUCCCUUCAUUCAUUCCUUCAUAUAGUUGGAGCCAAAGGUUAUAUUGACAAAACACAAUCAUCUGAGAAUAAUGAGAGCAAAAUUAGACUGCAUGAAAAAGUCAAGGAUGACAAAAUCACCACCCCCAUAAUGUUCACACAAAGAAAAGAAGUGGAAGACAUCGGCAUGACCACCAGGUGUUUGCUGCACAUUUGCCUCAUACUGCUCUUCUCCACUGAAAUCUCAUCUCGACUCUGUACCAUGCUUCACUUCCAGCAGAACAAAGUGAACAAAGGGAGCUUGGAGCUUCUGGAGAAAGUGAGCGGAAAUCUCCCCUCACAAUGCAUAAAUGAAAGGGCAGCUUUCAAACCCACCCAGGAUGUCCUCCAACUCCCAGUGGCCCAGAAGGAGAAUGCCAAGGUGGUAAUUCAAGAGAUCCUCCAAGAGAUCUUCAACAUCUUUAGCAAAAACCUCACCCAAAGUGCCUGGGAUGCCACUUCCAUAGUCAAGUUCCAAAAUGGCCUUUACCAGCAAAUUCAGCGGCUGGAGGCAUGUUUGAGAGCACAGAUGGAGAACGGCUUAACCAACCCAGAAAGUCAGGACCUCCAGAUCACCAGUCGGAGAGUGAAAAAAUACUUUCAGGGGAUAGAUGCUUUCCUGAAAGAAAAGCAAUACAGCCUGUGUGCCUGGGAGAUCAUUCGCGUGGAAAUACCCAGAUGUUUUGUACUGGUUGACAAACUCACUCGAAGGCUGAGUAACUAA